UAGCCACGUGUCAUAUAUUCCAAUUGUCAUCAUCUUGAAAUGCCAUGUUGGCAGUGAAUAAAAACCCUUGGCUCAUCGCAAUUGUCGUGUUGACGCAGAAGAGAGUUCCAGGUUGGCUAAACCACUUUCGGACAUAACCCCAAAAACUCCUCCAACUCCCCUCUAUAUAUACAUAUAUAACCAACUUUUGACACCCCAUACCUUCCAUUUUCUUUGCCAACGUUUUAUCUUCCAAGAAAAAAACUAGUUUUUGUAACUGAAAAAACCAAACAAAACAUUCUUUUUUCUUGUUUCUUUUCUUACAUCUUAUAAAUCUUUGUUCUCUUGUUUCAAAUGGAUUUGUUUGUUUCAUACACUUUAGUCUUAUUACAUUUUAAGCUUAAUUAGGGCUGUCAUAGAGUAGCUAAUAUAAUUUCUUUGACAUUUGUCCCAAUACUUCAACGAAGCUUUAAUCAGGUUCAUUGAAAAAGGAAGAAGAAAACCAUGUUGGAAGACAUGAUUCAUCCACCGGAACAGCAGCUUCCCAUUGAUGAUAUACCAAGCCCGAUUAGUGGUCCAAUUUUUUAUUUUUCUUAUACUGAUCUUUUCUCAGACGCCCUGCAAAACUCUGAGGUUGCUUCCUCGAAUUGUUGCUAUGAUGAGAACUCUUCAUAUGGCAAUAAUCUUACCAUACCACCAGACAUUGAAACACUACAUGGCUACAAAGAUAACAAUGGAAAUACUAACUCAGCCACCCCCACUGCCACCAGUGCUACCACCAACGCCACCACAACCGCCAUAGCUGCCACUAACAAUAACAAUAGCAAUCUGUCCAUAAUCUUUGAUUCUCCAGAUGAGAUUGACAAUGACAUUUCUGCUUCUAUAGACUUUUCUCAAUCCCCUUCUUUUUCUGUCCCUCCAUUUCUAACUCAACAAGACCAAUUUGACCUAUCUUUAGUGCAAUCUCAAAUCCAAUUAGCUGAUGUUGCAGCUGAUGGGUUCUCUCAGUACACUGCUGACCCUGUUGCCCAUCUUAUGGGGCCGCCGUUACCAUCUGUUUUUGAUGAAGAUUGCUUGUCUUCGGUGCCUUCUUAUGUACCUUUAAAUCCUUCAUCUCCUUCUUGCUCUUUUCUUGGUCCUGCCAUGACUACUUUCAUGCCUGCUGGGGCCAUGACUGCUGCAUUAUCUGCUGAUACUACUGGGAUUUUCGCUGGAAGCAUUCUUAUGGGCUCUGAACUGCAACCACAAGACCUGGAAUAUCAGGGUGAUAAUGCUGGAAUUUUCUGUCCAGAUUCAGUGCAACGAGUUUUUAACCCUGGAGAUUUACAGGCCCUCAGCAGUGACAGUUUACAACUGGUGGGAGCAGCAGCCAGCUCUACUCCUUUAGCAUCAGAGAUCUCAAGUUUGGAAGAUUCAACUUUCAACAAAGUUGGAAAACUUUCUGUUGAACAAAGGAAGGAGAAAAUCCAUAGGUACAUGAAGAAAAGGAAUGAAAGGAACUUCAGCAAGAAAAUCAAGUAUGCCUGCCGCAAGACAUUAGCCGAUAGCCGACCUCGAGUUAGAGGAAGAUUUGCAAAGAAUGAUGAUUUUGGAGAGACCCCUAGGCAAGCUUGUAGCAAUCAUGAAGAAGAUGAUGAUGAUGAAGUUGUUGUGAAAGAAGAGGAAGACAUGGUUGAUUCCUCAGAUAUUUUUGCUCACAUUAGUGGUGUCAACUCCUUCAAAUGCAAUUACCCAAGCCAGUCCUGGAUUUGAAUAUAGUUUCAUUAACAACAAGUCUACCACAAUUUUGCAGACCCCUGUUUCAGACAGGAUUUCUCCACCUGAGUUUGAUCUAAAAAAAAAAACAACAAAAAGGAAAAAGAAGAAUAAUCGAAUCCUAUGGUAUGCAAAUAAUCAAGUCAGGAUACUAUAGACAGUGAAUAAAACUGUAAUUUUUGUAGAUAUGUAUAUCACCCUCCCUGUAUCUUCAAUGUCUAUGAUCAGCACAAUUGACAAUCCUAUGGCAUCCGGCAUCCCCAACUUGCCAGAAAUCACUGGUUGAAGAAAUUACAUCAUGUUAGAUUGUGAGUUGAAACAAAUGCUCUUAUUGUGGAA